UUUGUUCAAGCUGGUGCAAAAUGUUUUCCCAGAACAUGUUAAUUCGCGACGGCGAAUACACCAAAUCUAUUUACACAAUGAUUAAAGAGGAACGCUUCUUGGAAGCAAUCAACGUUCUGAAUGGUAUUCCGGAGGUAUCGACGACUCGAGCCGGGCUGUCACUUCUGGGCCAUUGCUAUUACCACACGCAGAACUUCAUCGAAGCUUCCAACUGCUACGAGCACAUCGUCAAUUUGGUUCCGGAUGUCCCGGAGUACAAACUAUAUUACGCCCAGUCCCUUUUUCAAGCUGGACUGUUCGAAGAAGCUCACAAGAUCACCACUUCGUUGGAUGCUCCACAGUUGAAGGACAAAGUACUGCAGCUCCAAUCGGCCAUCGCCUAUGGUAAUGAGGACUACUCGACAGCUCAAUCUUUGCUGCUGCAGAGGCAGGGAACGGGACAGGAAGCGUCGGUAAAGAACGAUGAGGGUUGUCUACUGUACCAGGCAAACAUGUACGAAGAUGCCUUGCAGCGGUACGUUUCGGCCCUACAAGCGGGUGGAUUCAAUCCGCACAUUGCCUACAAUGCUGCCCUCUGUCACUAUCGUAAGAAGGAAAAUUCGCAGGCUCUCAACUACAUCGCAGAGAUAGUUGAGCGAGGCAUCAGAAAUCACCCGGAAUUGGGCGUGGGUGCACAGGCCGAAACCGAAGGCGGUGCUCGCAGUGUUGGCAAUCCACCUGCGUUGGCCGCUUCUGGAUUGGCACAAGCUUUCAAUCUGAAGGCGGCUAUCGAGUAUCAGGAGGGCAAUGCUGAAGGGGCUCGUGAAGCUCUAACUGAUUUACCACCGCGCUCGGAACCGGAACUGGAUCCAGUAACACUACACAACAUGGCAUUGACCGAUCCUAUUGGUGGUGGAGCAGGCCUCCGACGCUUGGCAUUCCUCCUGGAGCUUGGACCACCAACGUGUCCUCCGGAAACAUUCGCCAAUCUGCUACUUUUGUGCUGCAAGCAUGAAAUGUACGAUACAGCUGCUGACAUCCUUGCCGAGCACACCCAUCUCACUUACAAAUAUUUGUCUCCAUAUUUGUACGAUCUGUUGGACGCUCUCAUCACGGCUCAGUCAACCCCGGAAGAAGCCGAGCAGAAACUAGGCAGCUUGGCAAAUAACAUUGGAGGCAGGCUGCGUUCAUUGGCUGCCAAGGUUCAGGAAUGCCGAUCGGCUCCGGAUCAGAAUGCUCUCCGUAUGGCACUUCGCGAGUAUGAAUCCGCUCUCGAGAGUUAUCUCCCAGUGGCGAUGGCUCGUGCGUGGAUUCCCUGGCGCGUGGAUGAUUUCCAAGGCGCAGAGAGAGAAUUCCGUGCCAGCGCCGAGUUCUGUUCGGAAACUCCAACCUGGAGACUGCACGCGGCCCACGUGCUCUUUAUGCGUGGAGAUCGCUACAAGGAAGCGGCUGCAUUCUACGAACCCAUCGUUCGGCAGAACUACGAUGAUAUUCUGGCAGUACCUGCGUCGGUAUUGGCAAACCUUUGCGUUGCUUACAUCAUGACCUCACAGAACGAAGAGGCAGAGGAAUUGAUGCGUAAGGUUGAACGAGCCGAGGAACGCAAGGGGAACGCCAAUGGCCAGUGCCUGCACUUGUGCAUCGUUAAUUUGGUGAUUGGAACGUUAUACUGCGCAAAGGGAAACUAUGAAUUCGGCUUGUCGAGGAUCGCCCACGCACUGGACGGUGGAUCCGGAGCAAGGUUAUGCGCCGACACGUGGCUUCACGUGAAGCGCUGUGUUCUCGGCUUGUUGACGGGAUUGUCCAAGCAGACGAUUGUGUUGCCUUCGAUUGCGAUUCAGGAGACGCUCAGCUUCCUGCGCACGUGUGAAGCGUACGGGCUGGCGAUUCCGUCGGUCCUGACGGGGCCGCUGGACGAAAGCGGAGAGCAACCACCGACAAUCGGGUCGGAAGCGAGGAAGUUGCGGGCUCUGCUGCUACGGCUGAUGGAGUAUAAAUAA